GAUAUUAUGAUUUAUGAAUCGUUUUCUCCAGAUAAUCUCAUAGAUUUUCGAUGGGAUUAGUGGUUUGAUUGUGGCGGCGUCUUCAAGUACAGGACGAACAUUUUCCGCCGAGCAUACAAGUUGAGUCUGUUGAAAUAGUUUUGCGCGACAAGCAUCUUGUGUGCAUCAGUCUCCUCGUAAAAGGUUAGAAUAAAGAGAAACGUGUUCCGCGUGAAAUAGGAAAGCAGAAACUGCCACGAUGACGAAUGAGUUUGAACGGUAAAAUAGUCCGUUUGUAGAGUGGUGGCAGUGGCAGCGGCGUCGAAACAGUGGUGGAAAUGAUGCUGUAGGUGUAGGUAUUCGAGGGAAAGACAGUCCAAAGAAAUUCUUAAUGGAAGAAUUAACCAGAUUCGUGGAUGCGUUACGGAUGACGAUCGUCGAGCAACAACAAAUUCACCUUUUCUGAAGUAUUUCUCACGAAAAACGAGACAAUUAAAAUACGUGUAUCAAAGCAAGAGAAACGAACGGAGAAGUAAGUUGCCCUAAAAAAUCUGAGCAACGCUUAUUUAACGAAAGUUGUAAAAUUUUCUUGAUUGCUGUACAUAGAAAUGCAAACAAAGAGUUCGAAGAAGUGAGAAAUCGUAUUCAUGAAUGUUCAUAUAAUUUCAAUGUAAAUGUAUACAUGUCGACUAUUCUGCUUCCGAAGUUUUUAAAGAGUCGUAACAAGUUCUACUUCUAUGACGUUACUCAUCGAUCAUUUAAUUGUAUUUUCGAAGUACUGGACUAUUUUCUACAACUAAAAGAUGACCAAAUAUCGUUCAGUAUCGCAACGAGUCUCCAGUGAUAACCAUCGUAUCUACUACUUUUACGAGGCAUCACCAUGAAUGCCAGAACUCAAUUGUUUGAAUUAAGCAUGGAGGGCAGACAAGUGGAUGAAGCUGUAGCAAGUAUUUUUCACAGUGUACUAUUUCAUCGGAGCCUUGGCAAAUUUAAGUACAAACAGGAAGGCAGCUACUCAGUUGGCACAGUAGGAUAUCAAGAUGUCGACUGUGACUUUAUUGAUUUUACUUAUGUUUGCUGUUCCUCUGUUCACUUGGACCAAACUUUGAAGCGUGAAAUAUCAGGGUUUUCUGAAGCUUUGCGCUCAACCGAUAGUCCAGGUUCUGGUCAAAUAUCUUUGGAAUUCUUUCAAAAGAAGAAAAGCCGUUGGCCAUUCCAACCAGAAUGUAUACCGUGGGAAGUGUGGACUGUACGUUUAGAACUCAUAAAAUUAGCAACAGAGCAUGAAAGGCAAAUAUGCAGGGAGAAGGUUGGGGAUCUGUUAACAGAAAAAAUUCUUUACAUAACGGAAGUAAUGAACCGACACGAUUAUCUUCCUAAAAUGCCGAAUCAAGCUGAAUUGGAUCUGAUCUUUGACACAUCAUAUCCAGAUAUACAGCCUUACUUGUUUAAAUUAUCCUUCACAACUUCUAGUCCAUCAAGUACAACAAUGGGAAACACAAUGAAAAAAUUGAUCAAAGAGACAUUAUCUAUUUAGUUUUAACGGCUUGCGAAGACUCAUUAGCGCAAUGCGUCUAAAACACAAAUCAUAAUACUUAAAAUAAAGAAGAUUAACAGUCAGUUCUUAAUUAACCGAAGAACUUUACUUUUGUCUCACAAAAUCAAAUCGAUUUGUUUUAAGUUUUUAAAUAAAAUUAGUUCGUAUUCGUUUGUCUGACUCUGCCGCGAUUAUUAGUUCAAGAUUGGAGAUUAGAAAUUAGAUAUUAGGAAAUUAGAGGCACGGAGAAUCGCGUAGUUCUCGUGCACGUUUUAAGGACGCCAUUUUCGGCUUAUUUCUGUGUACAGGUAAUGCGCGUCAAAAAGAGAACAACAGAAUAAUACUUGAACUAAUUACAAUUGCUUGGAUCGAAAAAGUUGGUAAAAUUUCUAUAGUAGAAAAGAACGAAUUGUGUGUUUGACAAUUACGUUUUUCUAGGUUCUUUUUGCUCUGUAUAGGCAGCCUGUUAAGGUCAGCUUCUAAUAUUCGAUUAAAUAGUAAAUGUUCAUCUAUUAUUUUAAAAAUUCAUAUUUUUUAGUAUUUUAUAUCGGUAUAAGUAACGAAAGAAUUUUAACAUAGAAAUUUAGUUCUAUGUUAUCAGUGUAAUGUAAUCUCAAAAAUGGUUGUCCUUCUUACUUCUCGAAAAGUUUCAUUUCCAUGAUAGAAAAGUGUUAUAUAGAAAUAUAUAUAUAUAUAUGGCAACGUAUGUUGUCUGUUUGAAAAAGAAAGGUUUGACCAGCAAUCAUUUUUAUUUUAGUAGACGAAAUCUUAUUUAUUACACAUAUUUGAACGAUUACUACGUUACAUCACAUAUUGAUGCUCCUUGAAAAUGAAACUAGAAUCUGCAUAUAUGUAAGAAAGACAUUGCGUUUUAUCGGGAUUGUGACAUAUCGGACGGUAAGAAAAAAUUUAAACGAGAAUGUUAUUCACUACGUAGAUAGUCGAGUAAUUAAAUGGCUGUUGUAGAUGACGGAACAGUCGAUAAUUACGAAUUUGGAACACGCGUAUCGUUUGCGAUUACCAAAUAUAAAUGGAGAAAAAAGAGAAAAAAAAAUUUUUUUCAUCAUUAAAUUGUAACACAACGUUUCUUAUCGAACUUAAUUAUCGAUUAUUAUAAUAUUUCGCGUGUUAAACAAAACGGAGUAAGCAAUCAAUGACAAACGACAAUGUAUGGAAUGGUAUGUUGUAAUGUGAUAUGAUAUUGUAUCGUAUGGUUUGGUAUGAUUUGAAUACGGUAUGGUAUGCAUAUAGGAAAAAUUUAAAAUCGUGGCAUUCAAAGAAUUACGAAUUACUCUUCUACGAAGACGUUCGUAGUAGUUUAUACAAGAGUAUUCGAAAGUUUCAUGCCUUCGUAUCAAAUUUUUACAAUAGAAAAGAGAACCGUUAGACUAUAGUGAAUAAACUGUAUAAUAACUUGUGUCGAGUGAAAGUGG